GACGAGUGGGAGUUUAGCUUAGUAGUAGGGUUUCUCACUCUCGUUUCGCCUCACAUCCAUUCUCAGAUUUUCGCCGUGGCGACUUGAGAGAGUUCCUCGUCUGCUCUUCGCCCCUCUCUUCCUCUUCCUUCCAGGAUCUGCAAAGGGUGACAACAGAAACCCAUCAAGAUGGUGAAGUUUACAGUAGAGGGGCUUCGCAGGAUUAUGGACCUGAAACACAAUAUCCGUAAUAUGUCUGUGAUUGCUCAUGUUGAUCACGGGAAGUCUACACUUACCGAUUCUCUUGUGGCAGCAGCUGGUAUCAUUGCCCAGGAAGUUGCGGGAGAUGUUCGGAUGACAGAUACACGCCAAGAUGAAGCCGAACGUGGUAUUACUAUUAAAUCUACUGGCAUUUCUCUGUAUUAUGAGAUGACUGAUGAAUCUCUGAAGAACUACAAGGGUGAAAGACAAGGGAAUGAGUACCUUAUAAACCUCAUUGAUUCCCCUGGGCAUGUUGAUUUCUCAUCUGAGGUCACGGCUGCUCUCCGUAUUACUGAUGGUGCGCUGGUGGUGGUUGAUUGUGUUGAGGGUGUAUGUGUCCAGACUGAAACUGUCCUCCGACAGGCCCUUGGUGAGAGGAUUAGGCCUGUCUUGACUGUAAACAAGAUGGACAGGUGCUUCCUUGAGCUCCAGGUUGAUGGGGAAGAGGCAUAUCAGACUUUUCAAAGAGUGAUUGAGAAUGCCAAUGUGAUUAUGGCUACAUAUGAAGAUCCUCUCCUUGGUGAUGUUCAGGUUUACCCAGAGAAAGGAACAGUUGCAUUUUCUGCUGGUCUGCACGGCUGGGCUUUUACACUUACCAACUUUGCCAAGAUGUAUGCUUCCAAGUUUGGUGUAGAUGAGGCAAAGAUGAUGGAGAGACUCUGGGGUGAGAACUUCUUUGACCCUGCCACCAAGAAGUGGACCAGUAAGAACACUGGCUCUCCUACCUGCAAGCGAGGUUUUGUUCAAUUUUGUUAUGAACCCAUCAAGCAGAUCAUAAAUACUUGCAUGAAUGAUCAGAAGGACAAGCUAUGGCCUAUGUUGCAGAAACUUGGUGUCACUAUGAAGGCUGAAGAGAAGGAUUUGAUUGGAAAGGCUUUGAUGAAGCGAGUGAUGCAAACUUGGCUGCCUGCUAGUAGUGCCCUCUUGGAAAUGAUGAUCUUUCACCUCCCCUCACCUGCCAAAGCUCAGAAAUAUCGUGUUGAGAACUUGUAUGAAGGUCCUCUUGAUGAUAUCUAUGCUACUGCCAUUAGGAACUGUGAUCCUGAGGGGCCUCUGAUGCUCUAUGUAUCAAAAAUGAUUCCAGCAUCCGACAAAGGUAGGUUCUUUGCUUUUGGCCGUGUCUUCUCUGGAAGGGUCUCAACUGGUUUGAAGGUUAGAAUCAUGGGACCAAACUAUGUUCCUGGUCAGAAGAAGGACUUGUAUGUUAAGAGUGUGCAGAGAACUGUUAUUUGGAUGGGAAAGAAGCAGGAGUCAGUUGAAGAUGUUCCCUGUGGUAACACAGUUGCCAUGGUUGGUCUUGACCAAUUUAUCACCAAGAAUGCAACACUGACCAACGAGAAGGAAGUUGAUGCCCAUCCCAUUCGUGCAAUGAAGUUCUCUGUCUCACCUGUUGUUCGUGUUGCUGUGCAGUGUAAAGUUGCCUCUGACCUUCCUAAGCUUGUUGAGGGCCUAAAGCGUCUAGCCAAGUCUGAUCCUAUGGUGGUGUGUACAAUUGAAGAAUCUGGGGAGCACAUCAUUGCUGGUGCUGGGGAACUCCACCUUGAGAUUUGUUUGAAGGAUCUGCAGGAGGAUUUCAUGGGUGGGGCUGAGAUCAUACAAUCUGACCCGGUUGUGUCUUUCCGAGAGACUGUUCAUGAGAAGUCAUGCAGGACUGUGAUGAGCAAGUCACCAAACAAGCAUAACCGUUUAUACAUGGAGGCACGACCUAUGGAGGAAGGACUUGCAGAGGCCAUUGAUGAUGGCCGCAUUGGUCCAAGAGAUGAUCCCAAGGUUCGAGGAAAGAUUUUGUCUGAAGAGUUUGGAUGGGACAAGGAUAUUGCCAAGAAGAUCUGGUGUUUUGGUCCUGAGACCAUUGGACCCAACAUGGUUGUUGAUAUGUGCAAGGGAGUACAGUAUCUGAAUGAAAUUAAGGAUUCUGUUGUUGCUGGGUUCCAGUGGGCUUCAAAGGAGGGAGCUUUAGCUGAAGAGAACAUGAGGGGUAUUUGCUUCGAGGUGUGUGAUGUGGUUCUACAUGCUGACGCCAUUCACAGAGGAGGUGGUCAGAUCAUCCCAACUGCCAGGAGGGUCUUCUAUGCUUCUCAACUCACUGCCAAGCCAAGGCUUCUGGAGCCUGUGUAUCUGGUCGAGAUUCAGGCUCCAGAGCAGGCUCUUGGUGGCAUUUAUGGUGUUCUCAACCAGAAGCGUGGCCAUGUCUUUGAGGAAAUGCAGAGGCCAGGUACCCCACUCUACAAUAUCAAGGCCUACCUGCCUGUCAUAGAAUCUUUUGGAUUCUCUGGUACACUUAGGGCUGCAACAUCAGGGCAAGCUUUCCCCCAGUGUGUGUUUGACCAUUGGGACAUGAUGUCCUCCGACCCGUUGGAGCCUGGAACCCAAGCAGCACAGCUGGUAGCUGACAUCAGAAAGAGAAAGGGAUUGAAGGAGCAGAUGACCCCACUCUCAGAGUACGAGGACAAGCUAUAAGGUGUCUCGUCAUUGUUGCCUCUUCAACUGGAGGGAUUGAAGUUAUGUUACGAGGACGAUGGGGGUUACAACAAUAUUUACUUCGUGAUUUUUAAUUUCUUUUAUGUCGUUUUUGGUUCUUGAGUUCUGGGCAGCAAUUGUGGUUGGAAGGACAAAACGUUUUUGUUAUUGUAUUAGGUAGUUUGUUUCAUGAAAAAAUUUCUUGUGUUAUGCCAAGAGAUGUUAAGUAACGUGGUUUUGUUUAUUCAUAAACAUCCAAGUGCUUUGAUUUUUUACCAUCAUACUAUGUAUGUUUGUCAAGUAA